UGACAAUGUACCUUGUUACCCACCUGACGGAGGCCUUCGGUAAAAUCGUUCGGCUCCACUUCCCCGCAUUAAGUCACGCUUUCACAUCAUUUUCUCCAAGCCGAGCCGAACUUGAAGAUCGCUGCUAUUUUUCCCACCCAUACUUCCCCCUAUUACCGGACUUACAAGGUGUAUGGCUUCGGAAUGGCGCUGCACCACAUGUCUCGCGACGUUCAGCCGUCCCGAGCAUUUGAAGCGACACACGGCUGCACACUCUGACAGCCGGCCACACACUUGCGUUUUCUGCAAUAAUGGGUUCAACCGAAACACCAGAGACGUGCUCCGUCGCCAUGAGCGAACUUGCAAAUAUCGGGGGGAAUUCCCCGAUACAAGUGUCGAAACAGUACAAGAUGAAAGAGAUGUCAAACGCAAGCGAUGUUCUCAAAGUUCCGAGUCUACCCCGCAUACCAUUGGACAGGUCCAAUCGUCGGUGGACAAUCUCGCUUCGCUAGGGCACGGCUCUGUGGACUAUAGCUAUGGUGUGUUUGAUGAUCUGCUAGGUCUGCCUGGGAGUGCCUCGGUCAACAUGCCCUCACCUCUGGAUUUCUCAGCCUUGGACUUCCUCUUAUUCCCCCGCACCUCUUCAGAUACGUUUAUGACGGGGAAACUAGAAUAUAUGGCAUACUUUACAAGCGCGAGGGGAAUGUCUACAUUUACUGAUCGCCCAUCUUUCCUUCGGCGUCAGAAAAUGGCGGCCGAAGCUUACGAUGCAAAGCUUCUAUAUGAAAGGAAGAUCCCACAAUCAACUCAAUCACUUUUCGACCAGUAUGACUCUGGGUUACUCGCCACAGACGAUAUUGACGAGCUUACAUCGAAAUCGCGCGAGAUUGUUGACAAUAUUCGAUCGAUAUCCGCCAAUAAGGGAAAAGACGAUUCGAUCACCAUGGAAUGGUCACCGGCAGUAUCAGAAAGAUGUUCGAAAUUUUUCUCACCUCCGAACAUCCGUCGCUUUCUAGAAUACUUCUGGUCGCUGUGGUAUCCACACUGCCCGAUCGUUCAUAAGCCGCUCUUUGAUGCUUCCUCGGUUUCACCGUCCUUAUUAUGUGUCAUGCUGAUCAUUGGAGCCUGUUUAUCACCACAAGAAGACGAUGUGGAAGCUGCACGGGAAUGGAUGGAUAGUGCCGAGGAGCUUGUAUUCAGUCACAAAUGUCUCCGAGCUGAGGCAACUGCAGAUCAAGUCUCGAAGCUGUGCAUGAAGGAAAAGUUACAGUGCUUGCAGGCUUCGUAUCUGGUGUGCUCACUUCAGAAGCGAGAGGGAUCAGCUGAAGCUCAGGCAAGAAGCAGGCGUCAUCGACAUGCGUCGAUGGUGGCGUUCACAAGAAGUAUUGGACCAAAGACAGCCUCUCACCGUCACCUGGACUAUGAAAACAUGCCGGGUGGAUGGUGGAGGGAUUUUGUUGAAAAGGAAGAACUCAUCAGAACAAUGACGUAUAUAUUUCUGAUAGACGCCGCGCUCACAAUUCUGCACAACUCUCCUCCACGAAUGGUCGUUUCAGAAUUAAAAAUGGAUGUCGCGUGUCCAGAAUCAUGCUUCCAAGCCGAGUCCGCCGAAGAGUGUGGAAAAAACCUUCGCGCUUGGGCUGUUACUCGUUUCUGGAAGAAGCGGAUAUCCGUGGUUUCUGUUGCUAGGAGAGUUUGUCAAAGCAUGAUCGACGAUGACCUUGUUCAAGAAUACUCUCUCCUUGGGACUUUGAAUCUAUUCACGAUGGUUCAAGCAAUUCAUUCACUAAUGUUUCAUUUCAACAACGCCCUUGUUUUCGAGUCGACACUGGCACCCGUGCAAACAGGCCUUGAGAACUGGCGUCGCAUCUGGUGCGAGAGAGUCCCGGAAGAUAUCGGGUUGCCCGAUACGCCUGAGAAUUUAUGGAAGCAAGUUGGCUUUCUCCGUCAGGCAUCCGAGUUCUGGCAGCUGGCCAGAAUCAUGGUAGACGAGAUAAAAUCAACUACGAACGAGUGCGAGGAUGUGGAUGAAGAAGAAGUAGAAGAAGAAGCAGAGAGAAGCAAAGCUCUUUCUCGAUACGAUCAUACGGAUAUGGGUGAUGUGAAUGGGCUUAUUAUGCAGUAUCGAAGUAUGAAUCUUGGCGUGAGCUGAAAUUUCCUUAAUAUAGUGAAACCUCAUAUUAUUCAUGCUUCUAACUUCGCCCGUCUCUGAACCCGGACCUCGAAGUCGGAAGGUUUUACGAACCAGGUGUUCUGGGUGGUCCAGUUACUUCGGAGGGGGGUGAAUUCAAAUUCCCGAAGAAGACGAGGGAUCAACUUUGACAUCUCGAGGAUGGAGAUAUGCUUUCCUAUGCACGUUCUCGAGCCCAAUCCAAACUAAGGGAGUUAAGUCAGUCACUGGGCUUGGCACCACGGUGAGGGCAAUUGUGACUUACCGGCAUAUACAUCUGGUUCAUUUCUUUCAACUUGUCCGGCUCGCCUUCUGCUUCCAGCCACCUCUCGGGCCGGAAUUUCUUUGCGUUGGGGAAGACCCGCUCAUCGUAGUGUGCAACCCAGGUAUUGGCACCGACAAUGGUACCUCCAGGGAAAAACUGAUCACCAAUCUGAGCACCACCGGCUGGAACCACUCUCCACAUUGGCAGGCCAGUAGCACUAUGCAUUCGCAGUGCUUCCUUCAUGACGGCUUGGAAAUAAGGCAUAUCCUGACUUUCUUUGAAGAGCAUCCGGAUUCUGCAGCAGAUACCACAUAAUACUCGACAAGCUAAUUGCAGUCGUGUCCGAUCCGGCCGUCACGUUCGACUGACCCAUGAUGAAAAGAUGAUAUUUCGUGACUUUUUCUGGGUUCUGUUCGUGCGCUACCAUCAUUUUCUCCAAGAAGUCUUGCGUUUGCAAAGUCUCCGGUGCUUCGGGGUCAGGUUUCUUUGCUUCACGCUUUCGAAUCUUCUCUUCAACGAAUUGGCGAAUGUAGUUUCUUCCGCCCGCACCAGACGAUUUGAACUUGCUGAGUAGGCCGAACAGACGAGGGUGCCACUCGGGAUAGAUACCCACAAGGGUGCUAUAGAUCAUGACCUUGUGCACGGCUUCAAUAGCCCCGUCUACGUCCUCGCCUCGAUCGAGAAAUCCUGGAAGAAUGAGCGAUGGGGCUUUAGUUCUGGAAUCUUGUAUGCAACAUACCGAAACGCUCGCCAAACGUGAUAUUUCCAAUAACAUCGAAAGCGUAAC